GAGGAGGAGGAGGAGGAAGGGAAGGAGGAAGAUGAAGAAGCCAAAGAAGAGGAGGAAGAAGCAAAGGAGGAAGACGAAGAAGCCAAAGAAGAGGAGGAAGAAGAAGAGGAAGAAGAAGAAGGAAAAGAGGACGAGGAAGAAGCCAAAGAGGGGGGGGAAGAAGAAGAGGAGGAGGAGGAAGAAGCAAAAGAAGAGGAGGAGGAAGGAAAGGAGGAGGAGGAAGAAGUCAAAGAGGAGGAGGAAGGGAAGGAGGAAGAGGAAGAAGCCGAAGAGGAGAAAGAAGAAGAAGGGAAGGAGGAGGAGGAAGAAGCAAAAGAAGAGGAGGAGGAGGAGGAAGGAAAGGAGGAGGAGGAAGAAGCCAAAGAGGAGGAGGAAGAAGCCAAAGAGGAGGAGGAAGAAGCCAAAGAGGAGGAGGAAGAAGUAAAGGAGGGAGAGGAAGAAGCAAAAGAAGAGGAGGAGGAAGGAAAGGAGGAAGAAGUGAAAGAGGAGGAAGAUGUGAAAGAGGAGGAAGCAGAAGAGGAAGAAGAGCAAAAAGAGGAAGAAGAAACAAAAGAGGAGGAAGGGAAGGAGGAAGAGGAAGAAGGAACAAAGGAAGAUGAGGAGGAAAAGGAAGAUGAGGGUCAAACAAAAGAGGAGCAGGAAGUGGAAGAGGAAGAAGCAAAAGAGGAAGAAGAGGGAGAA